AUGCAUCGACGGUGGCUAUCAGUACCUCUCUUGUCGAGCUACGUUUCAGCAUUCUAUCCUUAUCACUCUGGCGAUGGCGGAAACGACAAUAGCAAGAGGUUCAUACCUAUGGACCAGGAGCCUCAAACGAAAGAUGACUCCGGAGUUGUGAUUCUUGACAUCAAGAAAAUAUCCAGGAGAAACAAUAUAUUCCCCGUGGUAACCUCAACAGCAGCUAACAUGCCGAAUGCGAUGGCCAUCAACCAAGACGGCAACGACUACACCUACUUCUCGACCAUGAAAUUCGGCUCCAAGGGUCAAGAGAUGUACAUGCUGAUCGACAGUGGCUCGGCCAACACCUGGGUCAUGGGUUCGGAUUGCGGAUCCUACGCUUGUCAGACCCACAACACCUUCGGCAGUGAAGACUCGAGCACCCUGAAAACAACCACGCAAACAUGGUCUAUGACUUAUGGUACUGGAGAAGUUGACGGCGUGGUGGCCACGGACACCGUGCAGCUGGCCAACUACACAGUCAGCAUGGACUUUGGACUCGCUUCAACCGCUUCGGACGAUUUCAACAACUAUCCCAUGGAUGGCAUACUGGGCAUCGGACGCGCCACGUCGAGUGCGCUAGACUCGCCAACCAUCAUGCAAGUGCUGAGUAACCAGGGCCAUCUAGCCGAGAACAUUCUGGGCAUCCACCUGCAGCGGAGCUCCGACGGCGCGAAAGACGGACAAAUCACCUUCGGUGGUGUCGACUCGUCCAAGUUCGCAGGCAAAUUGUCGUACGCCAAGACCAUCAACAGCGAUAGCUGGCAGAUUUCAGCAGACGACGCAGGCGUCGAUGGCAAAGCAGUGGGGUUUCAGGGCAAGACCGCCAUCAUCGACACGGGCACUUCAUACAUUCUGAUGCCUCCGGCCGACGCUGACGCCCUGCACGAACUCAUCCCGGGCAGUUCUCACAACGGCGAGCGAUAUGUGGUCCCCUGUUCCUCCUCUGCGAAUGUGUACUUCACCAUAUCAGGCGUCAAGUAUUCCGUAUCACCAAAGGACUAUGUCGGCAAGCAGAGCGGCUCCGGCUGCCAGAGCAACAUCAUCGGACACCAGCCUUUCGGCCCAGACGAUUGGAUUCUUGGUGAUGUGUUCCUGAAGAACGUGUACACCGUUCUCGACUUUGAUCAAGCUCAAAUCGGGUUCGGAACGAAGGGCGGCAACGGCAGCAGCGCAACGUCGUCAUCAGCCUCCGGCGCUCCUUCAUCGUCAGGCUCGAACUCGACGGUUUCAAGUAGACCUUCCCCGACGUCAAGCUCGGCCUCUAGGGGAACCACGAUUGCUACAUCGACGACAAAAGGAAGCAGCUCGACAGCAACCGGUUCCGCCAGCGGCGCGGCAGCGACGAGUACUGGGGACAGCGACGGCGGCAGCGACAGCGACCCCUUCAGCCAGGCGGGCGACACGGGAUCGUCAUCGGGCUCGUCCUCUUCCAGCGCGACCAAAUCAAAGUCAAGAUCAAGGUCCAGCUCACUGAUACCCAUGAUGGCCCUGGCAUUUGUGGCCGGCUUGAUUUUGUAA